AUGGACCCGGGGAGCUUCCGUUGCAAGCUCGACCCUAAGCUCACGGAGAAGGACCUUCCCUUCUUCAUCCCGGACAUCCAGGGCACCUGGGGUUCGGCCUGCGGACGGAACCGCGGCGUUUUCGUCGUCCAGCCUCCCGAUGGCCACACCUACGAUUGCGGCAACAUGCCUGCCGAUUGGGGGGUGUCUAACGCCGCCGACAUCGCCAACCUGACCAAGACCCAGCCGUCCGUCGCGCUGAAGGCCUACGGUAACUUCGUCGAUGCUGUCUACAACACCACCAUCGGGAAAACCGCGGCGGCCUGCGACUUCGACGGGCUGACGGUCCUCACGUGCGGAAGGGAAGAGCCCUGGAGAACUGCCCCAUGGUACGACCAGCUCAAAGCGCCCAUCCGGGCUGUUAACAUCGGCGGUCUGUUCGUGCUGGAGCGUUGGAUUGUGCCCACCUUUACCUCUUGGGGGGAUGACAGCGGCAUCCGCGACCAGCACUCUUUCAGCGAGAAGUGUGGAGAGCUCGGAACGGAUGCCGGCCUGUACGUCAUUCUCGACCUCCAUGGAGCCCCCGGCUCUCAAAACGGACUGGACAACAGCGGCCUUACCAGCCCCGAUCCAAACGAGAUAGUAUGGGGGGAGACGUGGAUGUAUUCUCCCGAGAACAACGGCAACACCGUCCGCAUCCUCGCGGCGAUGGCGGAGUACAUCAACCACAUCGAAGACUCCUUCGGCCUCGACAACAUCAUGGCGCUCGAGCUCCUGAACGAGCCUUGGGCACAUCUGGACCUCGGCCGCGUGCGUGACUUCUACGUGACGAGCAUCACGGCGGUGCGGCUGGUGCGGCCCCUGAUGCCGAUCAUCAUCCACGACUCCUUCAGGGGACCCAUGUGGGCCACCCUCAUGAAGAACUUCCCGUACAAAGACAUCGUCAUGGACACUCACAUCUACCACGGGUUCAACCCGGCCGAUCUCUCUUCGGACACGGCGGUAGGAGACAGGCAGAAGAUGUAUGUGCAUGAGCGUAUGGCGUGCUCGUACACGUCCAUGCUCCGGUACCAGACCUGCGCCGUGCUUCCGGUUAUGGUCGGGGAGUGGUCGCUCGCCGUGGACAACUGUAUGCCCUGGCUAGACUCAAAGUUCGCCGACUUCGGUCAGUGCGAUCACCUCGCGGAGAGGGAAGGGAGCAGCUGGUGGUCCGAACACACGCGGUCCUUCGCCAUGAGGCAGAUCGACCGGUACGAGAGGGAGAUGGGCUGGGCCUUCUGGACGUGGAAGCUGGAGGACCACCUCGAGAAAAACGAACCGGCAUCCAAGUACUGGUCCUUCAGCAUGGCGGUGGAGCACGGUUUCAUCGACUUGGAUUUCCCGAACGACGCCUGCGUACACCCCCCGGCGACCGAUUGGGCGGAGCCCCUCGGCACCGACGGCAGCGGCAGUGGAGGGGAUGCCAACCUUGUGGCAGCGCAGGCACCGUCGGGGGUAACGGCCCGUGUGGACGGGAACGCGGCGGCGGCGGUCGGGGUGUCGCACUCGCCCGAGGAGGCCCAGCGCGGGUCUCAGGAGGGGGCAUCCUCUCCCGGCGCCAUGCUGGGCCUGGUGCUGCUCGGAGCCAUGGCGGGAGCGUUGGCCACCUUUCUUCUCGUCCGCCGUAAGGCUGCCUCCCAGGGGGCGUCGUCGUCGGCAAGCGGUGGCGCAGAGAAGGGCGGCGGCCACAGGGGCGGCGGCUGGAUGCCGGCCGUAUUCAGCUCGGGCUACGAUACCAUCGGCCAGCAAUCGUUACCCUGAGCGUGCGAGGGAGCAAAGAAUAGCUCGCUGGGAAAAAGCAAGGAAUCACAUGGAUGGAAGAGUCAUAUGUCAAGGUCGGUUUGAUCUCCCGGACGACCAAGGGAUCGAUUGAUCAGAUCCGCCUAGAUUCGUACGAUGUCGUCAGUGCCGCGGCCUAAUUGCAAUAGCGAUGGCAUGACUACUGGUGUGUUCAUGGUUAGAAGGAUAGGAGGGCGUUUAGAGUUACGGAGAGGGAUGCAAAUGCACUCGUGGCUCCGAUAUAUAAGAGGGUCGAAAUCGGUUGUCACGGACUUGAUCCGCGAAGUAUGGCUGGGUACCCUCUUUUUCCGGAACAAGAGGGGGCUCCGAUAUUAGAGGUUCGAGGGCGUGUAUCACACCACCCUCUUGUUUCGGAGUUACGACUGUAUACAAUAUAGGUAGCAGAAGGGUGCGUGGUGGUGCAUCGGGCAAAGUUGUACGUCGUGAACAUGGAGUUCAUCAAUACGUUGAUGAAGCUGGAGGGUAACAACCGCAUGCAUGUGUGGAGCGAUGAAAAAGAGUCGCGCGUAUUUGGGACGGGGGAUACUGUAGUGAUGCGUUGGCAUAAUGUGAUUGGCCGAGCUUUUGCUUGUACAUCAUUCGUACAUGGUAACGGAAUAGCAGCAAGUACGCGGUGGUUUGUGGUGACGAUCGACACUGCGGUCAGUUUUAGAAUGGAUUUGCACGAUGAUGAUGAAUGAUAGUUAUGGAGAACGGACAUGGAGUUCGUCUGACGAUGUAAGGAUGACGACAGCACGCGUUACUUUUUUACCAGUCUGUUUGAGGAAGAACCCUUAUCCACGACGGUAUUAUCAUCGACAUGUAGGAGUUAUGAAAGGCAGCGUUUUUUUUCCCCCCGGGUGUGAGGGGAGUCGUGGAAAAAGUGGACUACUUGAUGCCACUGUGCAACGGAAUAGACAAGUGGUGUGCGUACCAUUGGUGGUGUGUAGACUCCCUCGCGUCUGUGGAUAUUGACUGGACUUGGCAGGGUUCUGUAAGAAGAAGAAAGUUAUGC